CUCUCCAGCCGCCCAUCAGCCCCAAACAACCAUCAAUCAAUCCUUCUACAAUCUCAUCUCAAGUCAUUUCCAUCCUCCCCUCCACUCAUUCUUCAUUGUCCUUUCUUUGUCGUGUUCCUUCGUUGUUUUUGAUUACGACCUCGCUCGACUCUCCGCUCACCUCUUUUGCCACUCGACUGUGACGCGCAUCUCGCGCGCUCUGCGACACCAUGGGUUUGCCUAUGUUCCGUGAGCCCGGAGAAGAUGCCGCAGGUCAGGCUGCAAUCAAGCUCGAUCGAAAUGCAGCAACCCGUCGCUCUUCGAUCAGGCGCGAAUCCACUCUGCGUCCUGGACGACGCACCACAUCGCGCUCAGUCUUACACCUUCUAAGAGCAGACGCCCAGGCGUCGCAAGAGCCAGAACACAAUAGACCCUCGGAUUUGCCUUCACGGAUACCGGCGCGCGAAAUCAACGACUUGGAUGACGAGCUUGAACGGUUACGUUCCAUGCGUCGAAGGCGCCGCGCGAUUGCCUCACAACUGGGGCACGAAUUGCCAGGAGGACCCUUCAUCGACCCCAUUGAACCGGAGGUGGAUCUUCGAGGAGACAUUGACCUUGAUGCGCUGGCCGAAGCUGGAAUGGAAGUCUUCCUGUCGGACGCAGAAGGAAACCUCACCCAACACCUACCCCGUCCCUCCAGGGAAUCGGGUCUCAGAUUCGAAGUCGCAGCCACACCUUCAUCAGAUUCGGAGCAUUCACGCCGCGCCAGAUUUCAUACUCACACCCGCAGAAUCCCAAGCUCGACCUCGGGUGGGCGACGUGCUGAGCUGAAUGGCCACUUAGGAAGCGACGCCGGUGACGACAACGACAGUGAGAACCCCCCUCCACCAUCGAUCUUCCCACCUGGAUUACGAAAUGCACCAUCGGCGAUGCGUGGCAGCAACGUCGAUGGCCUGCUAGAUACACCACCUCCCGGAGGGUUACAUCCAUCGUACCCGCCUCUGUGGGAUGUUAACCACCUGUCAACACGACCGUUGGGAAUGUCAACCUCGAGAAUGGAUGGUCUGGGUGAUCGUGUGCGAAGUCCUAGUCCCAGCUCGCCCCAGGAGGAACCCUGGUCGAAUAUCUUGAACACCAUUGCGACUGGCCCAUCGAGUACGGCGACCUCGUUCAUGUCACGCUCAGACUCGCGAUCUGGAUCUAAUCGAUCGUCUCAGACCGUUGCGACAAGUUUCGGCGAAAUUGGUGGUGACGAUUCGUGUGAUCUGGAUUUACCCUCCGGCAUCACCGAAGAGGACGCCCGAGAAAUCCGAGCACGCCAUGGAAGGUUGCGCCAUGGAAGAUUGGGAAGGAGACUUCCUGCUAUCAGACCCGACGGUCCGACCUCUGAAGAGCCCGAACGACCCAGCAGGGAGAGUGAGCGUUUGCUGGAGCUGGAGUUGUUCGGCUUGAUACUGGACCGAAUGCAAAGAAGAGAGGAAAUCCCUGAUGAUAUGUGGGCGGCCGUCGGCAUUUCAGCUGACGUGAUUCGAGCAAGGGCAUCAGGGACAGCUCCUGAUGGCGUAUAAUGUCUUGAUCAGGUACCCACCGACCUUGGGGCGACGAGAAGAGAACGGAGAAAAGAGCUUGACUGCUUAGCUGCAUGAUUGAGCUACAAUGAUAUCGUAUCUCGGGAGCGUCGGAAGUUUCGAGGACCCAGAAGAAAGAAAGAGGUGCUUCGGAACAAGUAUUUGCUUGUUGUGUUUUGUUUUGUUGAAUUGUAACAUUCCCUAUCGACGCGACGAUUCGUCUAAUGUGGGGACUUCAUUUUCCUUUACAGUUUUCCGGCGCAAGAAAAGUCUUUCAUAUUCAAGCGGUAUGGAGAUUGAGGUGUUUGAGUCGCAUCUUGCAAGGGUCCAGCUUGAGUGUUAUAUAUAAGGGUGCUCAUGUGUUUACGAUUACAAAAGAUGGCUGCUACCUACCUGAGGUUCUCGCAUUGGAUGAAUGAAAAUGGACUGGAUCCAGGAUUUUGUCGAUUUCUAUAUUUGUUUCCCAAAUUCGUUUUCGUUUUUGUUUUCGUUUUCGUUUUCGUUUUCUGUUUUUUGGGUCGACCUACUCUGAGAACGAGUACGGAGUACUAGAUCACUUUCUCUCGAGAGAGAGAAAAGAUGAGGUAAAGUAGACGGUCCACUGACCUAAAAGUCGGGGUCCUCGAAGUCUUUGGACGCAAAAAGAAAACAAAUCAUCAUCACGUCGAGGUUAACAUUAGGUAGGCAAUAAGUAUGUACUUUGUAUUCGAG